GAAAAGAUGGAGCAGUAGAAGCUGCAGCAGCACAGCGAGAGCAGGAAGAUCGAGGAGCAGGCGGGGCGACCGGCUGGCGAGGCAAGAACCAGACACACCGACCGUUGAUCUUGAAGAGCUCAGUAAAAAGAAAAAAAAAACAGGAGGGCAAGACAGAAAACACGGGCUGGAGCGAGAAAAAAGAGAGGAAGACGAGAAAGGAGAGCAUCGGGCACACAGAGGGAGAAAACCAAAGAAAACGGAGAACCGGCAGAGACAGGAGAAAAGAGGGAGAGCUUGAGCGAGAGAGGUGCUCGAGAGUGAGAGCUGGAGCGAGAGAAGUACUUGAGAGAGGGUAAAGAGCCAAAGAGAGGCUCGUACCGUGCACGGAAUCGGGCUCCCCGACGCCCUUCUUCUUGAACUAUGAGAAACCGAGAGAGCUGAGGAGGAGCUGAGAGGAACCAGAGAGAAACCGAGAGGGAGAAGAAGUCCGAACGAGGAAGCGACUAAGGGAGAGCAAGGGAGCUUCAGUCAUCGCUUCAGCUGCGUGCGAGCCCCGCCGGACGACCCCUCGGCCAACGUCCUCAAGUCGAAUCCGAUGCCCGCUCUGCUCCACACCCACGAAGCGCGAGUUCUAGGCCAGUCCUAUGUGGAAAGCAAACUUGUCGGACAUAGCAUGAACCGAAAUCACACGAUUUUGAUUUGGUAAAGAUACUGAAGGGUCAAGUUGCAAGUGAAGGGCAGAGAAGCACAGGUUUGGCCGGUUGGUCAAUAGCACUAAGGUCCAAACUCGAGAUUUGCUGGUGGCUGUGGUUGGUGGGGAUUCUUUAAGAACUGACCAUACAGGUUGGGCUUUGAACAGAUUAUAUCACAUGGACUACAGAAAGAACUGGCCAAAAACCAGAGGAUUAAUUUUGUAGUUGAGAUUCCUCUCCAAUUCCUGCUCUAGUUCAAUUCCACGAUAGUAGGAGAAAGUGAUGACCAAAAGCCGAACCCAUGAAAAGCCCAGGAUUCUGUGCCUCCACGGGUUCAGAACGAGCGCUAAGAUCCUCGAGACGCAGAUCCAUAAAUGGCCCGACUCCAUCCUGGAGAAGCUGGAUCUGGUGUACCUCGACGCCCCGUACCCGUCCAUGGGCCAGUCCAGUGUGGAGGGCAUCUUCGAUCCGCCUUACUUCGAGUGGUUCCAAGCCAAUCAGGAUUUUACAGAAUACGAGAACUUUGAAGAGUGCAUCACUUUCAUUGAAGAUUUCAUGGUGAAGAACGGUCCCUUUGAUGGUUUACUGGGUUUUUCCCAGGGAGCUACGCUAGCCGCAGCAUUGCCAGGAAUGCAGGCAGAGGGACUGGUACUCACGAAAGUGCCCAAGAUCAAGUUUCUGAUUUUAACUUCUGGGGCUAAGUUCGGUGGAUCGAAAUUCGGCGCACCUCCGCUGGCAGCUAACGCGUUUUCCUGUCCUGUCAAGUGCCCCUCUCUUCAUGUUAUAGGUGAGAAUGAUUUAGUGAAGCCAGACUCGAUCGCUCUGCUCGAUUCAUUCGUGGAUCCAAUCAUCGUCCAUCACCUGGAGGACCACACAAUCCCCAGACUUGAUAAUCAAAGUCUGGAGGAUGUCAACAAUUUCAUUGACAAGAUCCAAAAUCACGCUACUGCCUGAGCCAUUAUUUCUUGCAACUAGCAACGGAGAUAAAUAUUCUCAUUAGUGAUUGGGCUCUCUCUCUCUCUCUCUCUCUCCCUCUGAAAAGCUUGUAUGGAACAGCUUUUAUGCACUCUUCAAUGGUCAUCUCUUUUGAGGUAACCAUAACUCACUCUGUGUGUGCCCAAAGCUAGUCUUGUCCUUUCUAUCUAUAUGUUGAUUGAUACUUUCACGUUCCUUCUCUCCUUUUAAGGACAAGGAAGCGAAAGAAUUGACCUGAUAUAACGCAUGCUGUGAGUCUCAUUAGUAGGGACAUGGAAUGUCCAAGAGAGGUGCAUCUUAAUUCUGCAAAAUGAAUUUUUCGUUACUUGCAAGGUACUGUUGCUUAUGGGC